AACUAUUGAGCAAACGACAAUAACGUUGUGCUCGUAAAAUAGAGCCAGUAUAGAUAUACAAAUAUACAUUUAUACCAGCAACCAAAAAAAUUAUUUGUUUAGAAACAAUCUUCAAAUCAAACACGCCUAUAUCUGCGAAUUUUUUAUUUGCUGAUUCGUUGUAGAAAAGUGUUCUUAAAUCGUAUGCAUUUGUGUAAAAAAAUUAAAAUCCCAAGAAAAUAUAAUUACAUUAUUCAGAAUAACGGAAUAUCCUUGAACUGUCAAAAUGAGCGAUGAAUUGACGAAAGAACAAAUCGAGCUGCUUCGUAAUGCAUUCAAUGCAUUCGAUCCCGAAAAAAAUGGAUACAUCAAUACUGCUAUGGUUGGAACCAUUCUCAGCAUGUUGGGUCACCAAUUAGAUGACGCGACAUUGGCCGACAUUAUCGCUGAAGUAGAUGAAGAUGGAUCGGGUCAGAUUGAAUUUGAAGAAUUUACGACAUUGGCUGCCCGAUUUCUUGUUGAAGAGGAUGCCGAGGCAAUGCUGCAAGAAUUAAAGGAAGCCUUUCGCCUUUAUGAUAAAGAGGGAAAUGGUUAUAUAACAACAGGCGUUCUUCGAGAAAUUCUGCGAGAAUUAGAUGAUAAACUGACUAACGAUGAUCUAGACAUGAUGAUUGAAGAAAUAGAUUCGGAUGGAUCAGGAACCGUGGAUUUUGAUGAAUUUAUGGAAGUUAUGACUGGUGGCGACGACUAAUACAUGGGUUGGUCGGGGUAAUGCUUACAACAACAGUUGAAAUAGACUUAAAUUGUUAGUAAAUGCACUUGCAAAAAUAAUAAAUAUCAAACAAAAGCA